AUGGGAGACGCCUCCAUCCUCCACAUGCCAACCGCCCUCAUUUUCGGGGGCAACGGCAAAACCGCCCGCGAGUUGACCAAGAUCCUCCGAGACGCCGAAACCCCGCACACCAUCUUCAGCGUCAUCCGCAACCCGGACCAGAUCCCAGACCUCCAGGCCAUCGGCGCGAAGCCCAUCGUCCAGGACAUCGCCACCGGCUCCGAGGCGGACUUCAUCAAGAUCAUCCAAGGCACCCGGCCCGACGUCGUCGUGUGGGCCGCCAGCGGCAAGGACCCCAAGUCCGCCGAGGCCGUGGACCGGGACGGCGCCAUCCGCGUCAUGGAUGCCCUGUCUAAGGCCGACGUCCCGGCCCGACGCUACGUCGUCAUCAGCGCCCUGGACAUCCGCGACCGGGAGAACAGGCCCGUGCCGGACUGGUACACCGACGCCGACGAGAAGCUCAGCGACCGCAUGUGGGGUAUCAUCGGUCCCAUCCUGCGGGCGAAACUAGCGGCCGACACGGAGCUGAGGGUGGGGAACGCAACCCGCCGGCUCGACUACACCAUCGUGAGACCGGGUGGUCUGAGUGAAGGGCCGGGCACGGGCAAGAUCCGCGCAGGCAAGGUGGGCACUAUCGGCAUGAUCCCCCGAGAAGACGUCGCGGGGGUCAUCUACGCGGCGAUCCAGAACAAGAAGACGUAUGGCCUGGCAUUUGACAUCCUUGGACCCAAGGACGACAGCCUGACGAUUCAGGAGGCUGUUUCACAGGUGGCAAGAGAUCACGAGGACACCUUCGAAGGGUACUACUAG